GAGUGUGAGAGCACCGAGGCUGUGUGCGGAGAGAAUUCUGUGUGUACAAACUUCGGAGGAGGUUACAGCUGCUCGUGUUCACUUGGGUUCGUCAGUGAGUCACGGGACGGAACCCAUUGCACAGAUAUCAACGAAUGUGUGGAAGACGUGUCAGUGUGUGGUCAGAAUGCGGAGUGUAUCAAUGUGGUCGGAAGUUACGGCUGUGCAUGUGUUAUUGGAUAUACGCCUAUGGACACAAGUUGUCAAGAUAUAGACGAAUGUUCUGCCGCCAUCUCACCAUGUGGGCGGAACUCCACGUGCUCGAACAACAAUGGCAGCUUCCGGUGUACGUGUGAGGCGGGUUACGCCAGCUUUAGGCAGGACGGCAGAGAAUGUUAUGAUAUUGACGAAUGCGCCGAACUAGAGUAUCCAUGUGGAGAUAACUCUGUCUGCCUUAACUACGACGGAGGGUAUCAGUGCAAGUGCCUGGAUGGGUACUUUGAUACGUCUGUUGACAACAAGAACUGUAAAGAUGUAAAUGAGUGUAUGGAAUCACGCCAUAGCUGUGGAUCUCAUUCCCGCUGUGUGAACGUGGACGGAGCAUACUCCUGUAUGUGUCACAGUGGCUUCAAAAGGCGAGCCCAAAAUGGAGACUGUGAAGAUGUGAAUGAGUGUGAGGAGUAUCGGGCGUCCUGUGGGCGGAAUGCAGUCUGUUUAAACCACAUUGGGGGAUACCGCUGUAAAUGUGAGCCGGGUUACAGCAUCCGGAAUCCGUUGGGAGAGAACUGUGAUGACGUGGAUGAAUGCGAAGACAACCCUUGCGGUCCGGGCUCAGAAUGCGUGAACUACCCAGGAGGAUAUGUAUGCAAGUGUGUACGUGGUCACAGCAGCGUAGUGGCGGAUAACAGUCACUGUACAGAUGUUAACGAAUGUCAGUUUAUCGGGAUUUGUCACGAGAACGCCACGUGCCUGAAUGUAGAGGGCAGCUAUGUCUGCACAUGUAAGGCCGGCUUCACUGGAAACGGGGUCAACUGCACAGACAUAGAUGAAUGUGUCGUCAGUAAUGGAUCAGCCUGUGGCGUUCACGCGACCUGUAUAAAUUUGGAGGGUAGCUUUGACUGCGUGUGUGCGGGAAAUGCCUUAUAUAGUGAUGAUGACGGGACGAACUGCUCAGAUUUGACAGAUAAAAACAGAGAUGGCGGAUCGACAAUUCGUGGAUAUUCAUCCCGUGUGUCAGUUGUCACCUUGAUCGCUGUGGACGUUUCGUUGGCUGUCGUUGUUUUACUCACCAUCGUUUUCAGCCUUCUAGAUCUUCACAGGAGGAAAGCGAACGAACAAAAAAAUCCCGAGACACGAGUCUAAUCUAAGUCAAUGUGUUUUAUUUUUAAACUAAAUCUAAUGAUUAAUUACGUGCCGUUGUCGUUGAGAUGGCAAAUCCGUUCCUAAGAUAAGUGCCAAGAGAACCUGCUGGGCGUCAUUUAGAAAGUGGUUUCACAAAAAGUGUCGUUGGAUAUUUAGUGGAGCUCCGCUGGCUUAACGGUCUGGCCUGGACAUAUUUCGUAAUAAUGAUAAAUAACACUGUACGUCAAACUCACGUGAUCUCAGCCAAGCAGCAAAGGAAUCGUUGUAUACACUGGGAUUCACCAAGCCAUCUGGAUGAUCAAGUCAGAGCCUUGGGUAUGACUACAUUUUACACACGCAUAGUUGUUCGGACAAACUUCAGCCGUCUUAAGUUUUGUGUUUGCAUGAUUAUAUUUUAAGUUGUAAACUUUAGUUUUGCAAAGUGAGCAUUUGUAUAAAAUUUCAAAACGUCUGUUUUCCCACCACAAACAACGGGUAUUCGUCUUCCGUUACCUGUUAUGUAUAUAGACUUAGUUUUGUACCACCAACAUAAUCAUAUUGAUUGCCUUGAUAGGUUGUGUGACUCAUCGCUACACGCUGACCCUGAAACAGGUAUUGGCAGCGUUGUUUAGUAAUGUUACGAUGCUGAAAAUUGAUGAGAUAUGUAACCGAAGUGUUUGACAAAAAUCAAGAUAUAAAGAUAUUCGUAUCUAGACGACUGUAUAACAAUGAUUAUGUAAAAUGUAUUCAAACAGGUUUGUUUUCGUGGAAUUUGUGUGGUUUUAAGUAUAAAAUUUUGACGUAGAAAGUAUUAUCGCGUUUUCCUCACGUUUAUUUAUUUAAGGUGAUAUGCAAUUUGUUUCCAGCAAUUAAAUGUCCCUUGGUAAUUAAGGGUAUCUUCAAGUCGACAGGAAAGCCGCCUCGAUGAUAUAUGGAGUAGGGUGCUGAAUUGAAAUCUGCGAAAAAUGAUGUAUAUACGCACAAUAAAACAUAAACAAUAAAAACGGUUCUG